AUGGCAGCAGGGUUCUAUGAACAACUUUUCAAAUUUGAAGGAACAGAAGCAACAGACCUCAUCCUAGAUCUUUUCCAUGAGGUAGUCUCGCCAGCAAUGAAUGAGAAGCUCACGGCGCCGGUUACUGAUCUUGAAAUUGAGACUACUCUAUUUCAGAUGGGGCCGACAAAGGCGCCGGGGCCGGACGGGCUACCAGCGAUGUUCUAUCAGCGGCACUGGCCAUUGGCUCAAAGAGAUAAUCUGAUAAAUGGGGUAAGCUUUGGGAGCACUAGCCCCCAUAUUACUCAUCUUUUAUUUGCUGAUGACAGUGUGGUCUUCUUGGAAGGAACACAAGGAUGUAAUGAGGAGGAUAAGGGCGCUCUGAAACAAACCAUUGGCAUUGACUCUGAAGCACUAAGUGAGAGAUAUCUGGGGCUUCCAACUGUGGUAGGAAGAUCAAAAGAUGGUUCCUUCCAAUAUGUCAGAGAAAGCUCAAAGGGUAAAGUGUCGGGAUGGAAGGGGCAAGAUCUCACCUCUCCCGUCUCCAUCAGCUGCUCAGACCUCCCCUCCCUGUUUGGCCGCCGCCCCUCACCUCCUCCUCGUCUGCCGACUUUCCAAGGGCUGAUGGCACUCGAAUCCAAUUCCUCGUCAAGGUGUACCACGGAGACGGCGAAGGGAACGCAUGUCUUGGAGAUCGUCGGGUACAGCCUCAAGAAGGGCCUGGGAAUCGACAAGUUCGUCCAGUCGGCCAUCUUCACCGUCGGCGGCUACGACUGGACCAUCCGUUUCUACCCUGACGGAGCCAACAUGUCAUACGCCGAUUGCGUUUGCGUGUCGGUCUCGCGUGAGCCCACGGGCAGGGGGUUGGCGCGGGCAUCCUGUGAUCUGAGACUGGUUAACAAGGAUACUGGGUUGCCAAAGAGUAUUUGGUUUCUGUCUCAAGCAACCCCGACAGAGUUCGACUACGGUAAUCGUGUUUUCCCAGAAUGUGGAGGGUUCAUUGAAAGGAGUGAGCUGGAGCUGGAAGCAUCAGGCUACAUUAAGGAUGAUAGCCUGACAAUUGAAUGUGUACUCACAGUCAUCAAACAAUCACAGGUGACAAAAACAACAGGGAGCUCUGAAAUCAAGGUGUCAUCGUCCAACUUAUCGGAUCAUUUUGGCAAGCUGUUGUUAGAGGGGAAGGGGUCCGACGUGACAUUCAGUGUUGGGGGAAAGACUUUUGCCGCACACAAGAUCAUACUUGUGGCACGAUCACAUGUCUUUGAGGCAGAGCUGUAUGGAGGGAUGAAGGAAACAAAGGCAGAGUCCAUUACAGUUGAAGACAUGCAGCCUGCUGCUUUCAAGGCCUUGCUGCAUUUCGUAUAUACCGAUUCAUUGCCUGACGUGGGUGAUUUUGGUGGUGAUGAUUACGUUGAGAUGAUCCGGCAUUUACUUGUGGCUGCAGAUAGAUAUGCCAUGGACAGGCUGAAGUUGAUAUGCCAAAACAUCCUCGGUAAAAACCUUGCCAUGGAGACUCUGGCAACUACAUUGGCUUUAGCUGAUCACCAUAACUGUGACAGGCUUAAGGAAGUGUGCAUUGAAUUUAUUGCCUCUAAGGAUGAGAUGGAUGCCUUGAUGGCAACCCAAGGUUACAGUAAUCUCAAAAGAACUUUCCCUUCUGUCUUAAUAGACGUGUUCGAGAAGGCAAGUAGGUUGCACAAAGCAUAGGUGAGCAGCUCAUUCUAAGCCAAUUCUAUUGACAACAUUAUGUAGUUCUUAAAUCGUAUGAAAAGAUUGCUAGUUAGUUUCCUAGAGCAGCUUGUGCUGACCUGAACCGGUGGGUGGUAAGUCUAGUUUAUUGCAAUAUGUGCACCUUUUGACAAACUACUGGAUGCCCAAAUUGCUGAACGUCAGGGUGUUGAAUUGUUCUGGCCUCAUCUAUUGUAAUGAAUGAAUAUCAGAUAACAGCGUAAGUAGCUACUACUUUGCUGCUAUUGUUGUGUUAA